AUGAGCUUAUGGCAAAGACUCUUUGCAAUACGUAAUAGUUUUAGCUUGAAAGGAGGUAAAAUGCUUGCUUCGGAGAAGGAUAAAUACUUAAAUUGGACGAAGGAACAGCUAAUUGCAAGAGUGUUGCAGCUGGAAAACAGUGAACUCCGUGAAAGGAAACGAAGAUUAGCUCUACCAGACAAAGAAUCAAAAAAAGCUAACAAGCAGAAAAAAGUAAAGGAGUUUGAUUUUUCAAAGCACAACGUCAGAUUCAUUGCGCUGAAAUUUGCGUAUCUCGGAUGGAAUUACAACGGUUUGGCUGUACAAAAGGAGCCUACCCCACUGCCUACAGUAGAAGGCACUAUCAUUGAUGCACUAAAUAAAUGCAAGUUAGUUCCGCCAGUCAGUCCGAAUGAGUAUAAGUUUAGUCGAUGUGGAAGAACAGAUAAGGGCGUCAGCGCCAUGAAUCAAGUAAUCUCGUUAAAUAUAAGAUCAAACCUCACAAAUGAACAACAAGCUGACCCUCAAUAUGAUUCCGAUGAGAUACAAUACGUACAUAUUCUUAACCAACUGCUACCAGAUGAUAUAAGGAUUUCUGCAGUCUGUUUGAGACCACCUAGCGGCUUUGAUGCAAGAUUUAGUUGCCAGCAUCGUCAUUACCGCUAUUUUUUUCAAAAGGAAGGAUUAGAUAUUCCCAAAAUGGAAGAAGCAGCUAAACUGUAUCUUGGUGAAAAUGAUUUUAGAAAUUUCUGUAAAUUAGAUGGCUCCAAGCAAAUAACUAAUUAUCUAAGAACAGUUAUGAGUUCGAAGAUAUCACAGUUAUCUGAUGAUUUCUAUUACUUCGAUUUGGUUGGUUCGGCAUUUUUGUGGCACCAGGUUCGUUGUAUGAUUGCAAUCUUGUUUUUAAUCGGUCAAGGACUUGAAGAGCCAAAGUUGAUUAUUGAAAUGCUGACUGUGGAUCAGACACCAAGAAAGCCUAUAUACGACAUGGCCAGCGAAAUACCACUUAUUCUUUACGAUUGCAGCUUUGAAAAUAUGGAUUGGAUCAGAACUGAUUUGAAUGACUAUAAAGCUGUUAAAUAUGGAAAAGCUGCAAGUGCACUGACUUCCAAAUAUCAAAUGAAGGCCGAAAUAGCUAAAAUCUUCAAAAGUGUUUUAUCUGUCGACGCAUCUUUGGGAGCGGACUUGAAAGGUAAGACAAUAGUGAACAUAGGAGACGGAAAAGGUAAGGUAAUUGCUAAAUAUGAAAAAAUGCUGGAUAGAAAAGUGAUGGAUACAGCCGAAGAGGUGAAUGAAAAAUAUAGGCAGCGCAAAAAGAUCAAAAAUAAAGGCAUGAAAUAA